AGCUCCUCCUCCUCCUCGCGCCUGCUCCUUCGUCUCGCUGCCGCUUGCGCGUACGCUGCGUUGCGACUGCUGCGUCUGCGUCUGCGCAAGCAACAGCGGCGCCAACGUGAGACAAGAAUGGCAAGAUGACGGAUAUCAGACGGCAGCAUCUUCUCGACAAGUUUGACGCCACCCGCGCUUACGAUAGGCCAUCGCCAAGUCGUCAUGCAGCAGCAGCAGCAGCAGCAGCAGCAGCACAACAAAAGCAAAUCCAAAUCACUUUUGGCGACUGCGCCAGCGGUCCCUUCUGUUUGAUCCAGCAGUCAGCAGUCACUGAGUUGCAGCAGAGUGACGGCCGCCGGGUGGUGAUGAGCACGCGAAACUCGGCCCCAUCUCAAGCCUGCGGCACCCACCGCCGAGCUCACUCCGCUCAGCUUCGUGACUGUCUAGUCGACCGGAUGGCAACGGGACGGGUCGUGGGACGCUCUACGUCCGCAUCGCAAUGGAUUUCAACCUCACCCGAGACGAGGGCAUUGGUGGACAGACUGUCAUGCCAGCAAGGCAAACAGAAUCGCAUUCGACAGGCAGCAUCAUAAACACUUGGAUCCUGGCACAGCUUCAUCAGUGCUCUGGGCCUUCAAGCAGGUCGACUUUCCGUGCACUCAGAGCACAGCACACUGCUUUCGAAAUCGCAGGCGAGCUGCGUGCCUCUUGGCAAACCAAACUGGCUUGAGCACAUGUACAAGCUCGAAUAGCUGCAUCGCAUCGCGAUGCCACUCACUUACC